CAACAGGUCACAUCCGGGAGAUAGCAACUUGUCCAGGUCGUCUGCUCUUGCCGUCUGGAAACGCUGUAGCUCUCUACAGUCUUCCUGUUUGUGUGUUUGUGUGUGUGUUUCGAUUAGCACUAGAACAUACGCAAAGAUGAGUUGGGGAGUAGAUCUAUGGGAUCAGUAUGAAAAGCUGCUGCAGUAUACCGAUCAGGGAAUUGACUUCGUGAAGCGGGUCGAGAGUUUUGCGAAGGAGCGUAUCGAGAUUGAGCAGGAAUACGCAAAGAAACUGAGGAGGCUAUGUAAGAGUUAUAGAGGGAAAGAUCAGGAAUCAAAGCAUGGAUGGAUACGAGCAUUUAACGUUGUUAUAAAUGAAACUGAUAGUCUGGCUGGACAGCAUGAGCUCGUCGUAGAGAGCAUGCACUCAAAGGUGAAAGACGGGUUAAAGAAUCUGGCAAAAGAGAUUUCGUCCGACAGAAGAAAACACAUGGCCGAUGGAAGCAAGCAGUUGGAACAUCUGAAAAAAGCUAUGGAAGCCUUGGACAGGACCAAGAAGGCAUACGAGAGAGCCAGCAAAGAUGCCGAGGCCGCGCAGCAGGCGUUCGAUAAGGCUGAUCAAGACUUUAAUCUGAGCCGAACUCAAGUUGAAAGGUUCAAGAUAGGUCUUCGUCAAAAGAGGAAUGAUGAAGAAGAGGCAAAGGGGAAUUAUGUAGUUCAGCUAGAUCAGACGAACAGGCUCCAGAGAGAGCACUACAGUCGUGCAAUGCCGGCCGUAUUCGAUCAACUGCAGAAAAUGGAGGAGAAGCGGAUCAGCAUUUUGUCUGAUCGACUGGCCGACUAUGCUGACGCAGAACGACACGUUCAGUCUAAUGUCAUCGCGUGUCUGGACAACAUCACAACAGUGGCAAAGGCUGUCAACUCGGCUCAGGACAUGCAAGUUGUAAUUGAUGACAUGAAAACCGGAUACAAGCCACCCAGUGAUAUUCCGUUUGAAGAGUCUGGUAAGCCGGUUGCUGUUACAAAAAAGCAGAAACAAGCUGGGACUAGUCUUUUUGGAGGCCGAAGGCCAAAGAACGAACCAAAGGAAGACUUUAGUCACUUGCCUCCGGCCAAGCGGAGAAAAAAGUUGCAGGAAAAAUUACGAAACCUGGAGGAAACAAUAGCGAAGGAGAUGCAAGAGAAAACUGCUCUUGAGAAAAUGAUACAAGUGUAUCAGACAAACCCAUCGUUGGGCGAUCCAAAAGUCGUUGAAAAGCAACUGGACGGCAGAAGUCGAGCAAUAGACGCACUGAACGGUGAAAGGCACAAAUUUGUAACGUGGCUAGAAGCAAUGGACGGGAAAAGCACAUCAGCAGCACCUCCACAGCAGAAGAUACAUGCAACACAAGAACCAACCCACACAGUUACACCUGCUGCCAAUCAGCCUACAGAGACCGAAGAACCGAAUCCAGAUGAUGAAACUUGGGAUAGCGAGGAAUUUGAAGAUGAAGGAGAUGAGGCAGCUCCAGUGGCAAACUCGAUGGGAAGUUGCAGAGCAAUAUAUGACUUUGCUGGCUCUAAUCCUGGUGAAUUGAGCAUGACCGCUGACGAAUCAUUUCAAGUAUUGGAGAAUGACAAUAGUGGCUGGGUUCGAGUGAGCCGUGGCGCUGAAGUGGGAUACGUACCACUUUCAUAUGUGGAAAUGCUGUGCUGAUUUCUAUCGACCAUUUACUUGCAUGCAAUGGCUACAUGUUCAAUUAUACCAAUCAGACACGACGCACUUUCCUCACUGACUGUAUAACUUAUUGCGUUUGAACGGGCUGUUAGCACUCAGCGAGCUGACGGCUGCCACAAAUUUGCCAUUGCUGUUGGUAGAACACGCUAGAGGAAUUUGAUCUAUUCAAUUCGUGAUUCCAAU